AUGUUAUCCGUUACGAUAUUGGAGGCACAUGGGCUUCCGGCGAUGGAUCGUAAUGGCAUGUCGGAUCCUUAUGUAAAACUAAGUAUUUUGCCAGAAAGGAAGCAAAAAUAUGAGACAAAAAUCAUUCGGAACUCUCUGAAUCCCGUCUAUAAUGAGACAUUCCUCUUUACGCUUCCGUUCAAUGAACUCCAAUCGAAAACGUUAAUGUUGACUGUCUACGACUACGAUCGAUUGUCGAAAGAUGACAAAAUGGGUCAAUUAUCGAUUCCCCUCGAAUCGAUCGAUUUCGGUACAACAACGGAAAUAUGCCGUUAUUUAUGUAAACCGGAGAAUGACGAUGACGUGAGUGCUUUAUGA